CAAAAGUUUUUUUUUAUUAUUAUAAAUUAUUGUCUAAUGCUAACAUAUUCAUUAUCUUCUCUCUUGUUAUCAUCAUCCAUAAAAAAUUUGACUUCUAAACCAUCAAGAAACAAUUCUGUCAAUUCAAGAAAUCUAUCUUCAAGUGGAUUGGUGUCCUCACAACCUUGUCCAGCAAAAUUUAUAUUAACCUUUUGAGAAAUAUUUGGUUAGUCACAACACUAAAUAUUACAUGUUAGGCAUACACACACAAAAUUAAAAAAUUAAAGAGAAAAUUAUUAAAGUGAAAUUAAUUGAUGUGAUUAUUUUACAAUUCUAUUUCUCUCUGAAAAUUCAAUCUUUGAUCUAUUAGUUACUCUGAAGUGAUAAAAGAAGGUUCUCAGCCUGAAGUAAUUUACACCGAAGAACAUGAGAAGCUUUUGGUGAACACUGAUAAAACUUGGGAGCUUUUUGUGGAUGGUGUUGGGAAAGAUGGGAAACGGAUUUAUGAUUAUGUUCAAGGGAAAACUUGCCAUCAGUGUAGGCAAAUAACUCUUGGUUAUCGGACACGCUGUUGCAAAUGCAAACCGGUCCAGGGACAGUUUUGUGGAGAUUGUUUGUACAUGAGCCUAUCGCUGAAACUGUUGGUGACGAGGUUGUAGCAAAGAGAUCGUUGACUUGCCCUGAUGAGCAGCUAGUAAAGCUUGAAAAAGUUGAGGGUUUGGAUCCGGAUAAGUCACUUACUUCUUCCACCAAACCAAGCCCAAAUGAGCAAUAUCAGGUUGUAAAGCUUGAAAAAGUUAAGGUUUUGGAUACCGAUAAGCCACUUGCUUCUUCCAUCAAACCAAGCCCGGAUGAGCAAUAUCAGGUUGUAAAACUUGAAAAAGUUGAGGUUUUGGAUACCGAUAAGCCACUUGCUUCUUCCACUAAACCAAGCCCAGAUGAGCAAUAUCAGCUUACAGAGCUUGAAAAAGUUGAGGGUUCUGAUACCGAUAAGCCACUUGCUUCUUCCACCAAAGCAAGCCCAGAUGAGCAAUAUUUUCUUGAAGCAAAGGAUUUAACUUUUCCCUACAUGAUAACAAAGAAGCGAGGACGAUGGCCACGGUCAACGAAUCACCACUGGAAGGGCCUCCGGCAGCGUAUUACCACGUUGCAGAAUGUUGCUCCUAUCAGUUACUCUAAAUUGCCACUCAAAAAAGCUCAACACGAGAAAAAAAGCAGGGUUGUGAAUGUUGCUCCUAUCAGUUACUCUAAAUUGCCACUCAAGAAAGCUCAACACGAGAAAAAAAGCAGGGUGGUGAUAAAAGAAGUUUCUCAGCCUGAGGUUUACACUGAAGAACAUGAUAAGCUUUUGGGGAACACUGACAAAACUUGGAAACUGUUUGUUGAUGGCGUUGGAAAAGAAGGGAAACGGAUUUAUGAUUCUUUUCGAGGGAAAACUUGCCAUCAGUGCCGAUAUGGUGAGAAUGUACUAGAAGCCUUAGCGGAUCCAACUUGGAAAUGCCCAGUUUGUUGUGGAAUCUGCAAUUGUAGCUUAUGCCCUCAAGCAAAAGGAUUGGCACCUACUGGGGCUCUAUAUAAAAAGAUGACAAUAAGUCUCAUAAGGUCAAUGAGAAAAGCUUGGAUCAAUGCAGUCUCUAGCAGAAGCUGAUGGUGACGAGGUUGUAACAAAGAGGUCGUUGAUUUUCCCUGAUGAGCAAGACCAGCUUGCAAAGCUUGAAAAAGUUGAGGGUUUAGAUACCGUUGAGCCACCUGCUUCUCAUGAGGUGAAUGAGAAUAAGCUUGGAUCAGUGCAGUCUCUAGCUGAAACUGAAACUUAUGGUGACGAGGUUGCAACAGCGAAAUCGCUGAUUUUCCCUGAUGAGCAAGAUCAGCUUGCAAAGCUUGAAAAAGUUGAGGGUUGGAUACCGAGAAGCCACUUGCUUCUUCCGCCAAAGCAAGCACAGAUGAGCAAGAUCAGCUUGUAAAGCUGGAAAAUGUUGAGGGUUCAGAUACCGUUAAGCUACUUGCUUCUUCCACCAAACCAAGCCCAGAUGAGCAAGAUAUCAGCUUGUAACGCUUGAAAAAGUUAAGGGUUCGGAUACCGUUAGGCCGCACUUGCUUCUUCAACCAAACCAAGCCCAGACAGUAUUGCUGGAAGACUUAGGUCUAGGAGAAAAAAUCCGUGAUGAGGAUAAUUUCCUUAAAUUAACCCGGGGGCAUGUUGAAGAGAACAUUCAACAUUUUGUUUUGAAAUUAUCAAACUUGAUAGUUUGGUUAGAAAACCUCUUUUGCCUUAGUAAUGUUAGUACAAGUAUGUGAAACACUAAGUAUCACUGUUUAUUUUAAUUUAAUGGAGCAAGUAUUAUGUGCAUUUCUUCACUCUGAAAAAAAUUUAGUACAUCAAAUAUCCGAGGUCAUGAUUUGAAUCUUGAAUACUUUCACAAACUAUUAGAGUUAUGACAAGUGGCCAAUUUUUAUUAGACAUGAUUGUUGAGUUUCAUGAGAACAAACAGAAACAAAUACUUGUACAUUUUAGAAGAUAAUCCUUGUCAGUGCAUUAAGUUGCUGAUAUUCAUGCAAUCCU